UGUAAGCAGUUGUUCCGGUGCAUCUGAAGGGCAUUGAGGGAGCCGGCCCAUGUGAGAGUUUCACGGAGUGGAUAAAGACACUAAACAUGGACAGUUUCGGUUCCGAUUACUCCUCCGCAGCGGGUUCGGGGAAGAUGGACCCGGGCGCUAUAAUGGAGCAGGUGAAGGUGCAGAUCGCGGUGGCGAACGCGCAGGAGCUCCUACAGAGGAUGACCGAUAAAUGCUUCAAGAAGUGCAUUGGCAAGCCGGGAAGCACGCUGGACAAUUCAGAACAGAAAUGCAUCGCCAUGUGUAUGGACCGGUAUAUGGACGCAUGGAACACAGUCUCUCGCGCCUAUAACGCGAGACUUCAGAGGGAAAGGGCGCGAAUGUGAUGUGGAAUCCGCUCAGCUGGACCUCAGUGUUAUCCUGAACCCCUGGGUCUACAGGCAUGGGUUGAAAAUGCACAGUAAAGUGCUCUGGCCCCGCCUCUUUAUCACCCAGCACUUGGAAAGCCAUCAGAAAUCGGGUGUUUCUGAAUUUUAGACUCGAAAUAUCUUUGGGGACAAUUUUUCCUUUCUUUUUUUUUUCCUAGGCAUGUUAAAAGUGAGUGGACAGUUGGUAUUAAUUAUGACUUUAAUGUAAAUCACGUGAUGACAGUAAUGACAGGCAAAAUUCAGUAACCGCAUUUAAAACUGAGCUAUGACUGAUUCAAUGUUUGAGAAUCAACUUUAUCUUGUGAAUAAAGUUCUAGUGAAAAUUGCAUUAACUAUAAAAUGCAAGGUACAAGACAAGUUCGACGCAGUUUUUCUCAAUUUUACUGUUGCCAUGGUUACUGCCCUUUACAUUUGUAGGACAGUACAUUGUUCUAUCCAGGCUCCACCUACAAAUGUGCUUUUUCAUAGCCAUUGUUGUUGGGCAAGCUUUACAGAAUGCUAAUAAAAAUCUCAUACAACCUAA